AUGGAGUGGCCACCCACGCGGUCCCAGGCUAAACUAUGGGGGAUCUAUAAGCAGCAGAGCCAUGGCCCAUCGGCUUGUGGACACGCCCCAACACCUGCCCCUCAGCCCUCUGGGUCCUCCUCCCCCAGUCCUCCUCUCCCCAGUCCAACUCCCCCCAGUCCUCCUCCUCCCAGUCCUCCUCCCCCCAGUCCUCCUCCCCCCAGUCCUCCACCCCAGUCCUCCUCCCCCAGUAGUCCUCCUCCUCCCAGUCCUCCUCCCCCCCAUCCUCCUCCCCCCAGUUCCUCCUCUCCCCAGUUCAACUCACCGGCAGCGAAUCAUGAAAAGAACUGCUCAGGAGAAGGGAACUGCCAUGAGGGACCCCAGUGGCUGGAAGCAAGGGGGGAUGCGUCAUCUCCUUUGAUGCAGCAGAUAAAUCCUCAACAUACAUAUAUUGGCAAGUUAGAAUUUAGAGUCAAUUUGUAUAGGACAGUAAAUUCCCACAGGGGAUUACAAGCUUGCCAAAAUGUACAUGGUGGAGUACGUAUAUUGGCAUUUUACUGGAUGUUGACUGAGGAUUUCUUUGAUGUGAUUAUUAAUGUUAAGAAAGGGGUAUUAGUAUAUUCAGCUUCUAAUGUAUCCAAGAAGUAUUACCUAUAG